UUUGUUUCAGUAUGACUUUCGGUCGCCUCGUGCCUCGUUCUCAGCCUCCAUCAUGACCUCGGAAAACUUUUAGAUAGACAGAAUAGUAAAAAUGCCUCGCAAAUGACUCCAAAUCUGCCUAAAGAGGUCAUGUGUAACAUGAACAACGUCGCGAUCCCCCGGCCACCAGCAUUACCUACAGGCCCAUUGGUGCCCACCUAUGGGCUGAAACCUCCUCCUAAAUCGCCUGGAAAAAGCGCCGAAAACCAAGGAAACGGACAUGGGAGCGUUAAGAGCAAAACGAGUCAUACGUCAGAAGGAUUUCGUUUAGUAGAUAUUAGCGUUCAAAACAACGAUGAUACUGGCAGCGUAUAUUCCAUUUAUAAGCAAAAAAUCGACUCCAUGUUCGAAUCCGACUCCAGCAGUACAAAAAAUAGCGUCCAGGCCAAAAUUGAAAAAAUGUUCAACGACGUUGCCGAAGACAAUGGUAUAACUAUUGAUGGAUUUGGAACUCACACUUUUUCUGUAGACUAUUUGGGAUCUAUUCCUCUAAACGAGAAAGUAACUAGUUUAUCAGGAUUACAAAAUCCUCUAAGAGACCUGUAUUUUUCUUACAAGAAAAUCAUCAGGACGAAAAAAGUUUUAACAGGUCGAUUAGAGAUUUCUGGUAGCGGUUUGAAGGUCCAAUAUCAAGGAGAGAAAGGCGACCUUGAACAACUCAACUCCUUCCCGACAAUAGCUGUCUGGAGCGCCGUGAAGUUUGUCAUCCACGACGACCGUCCACGGCCCACUUGUGCUUUUUUACCUCUAAUCACCGAUCCAGAUAACGUGGACAAAAGGUCCUUGUUUCGGCCUCUCGACGAUAACGAGAGGAAAUUUAUCACCGCCGAGGCACAUUCACCAUUGUUCGCGGUAGUCAUGAGGAAAAUCGGAGUGCAGAAACAGUUGGAAUGCCACGGGUUUGUUUGUCAAACUUCCGAAGAUGCCAUAGUUAUUGCAGCGACGCUGUACAAAUCACUCGUAGCCCAUAUGAAAGCUAAAGAAAGAAAACCAAGAAACAAGAACGGCGUUACCACCUGUAUGUCAGUAACUUCUAGUUUAAAUAAGGAAAGAUCUGGCAACUCCAUGCCCGUACGACCACCCAGGAAAAAAAGAAGUACAACGUCAUCUAUCGCCAGCGAAAGUGACAUGAUAAGUAUAUCAGACACCAAACCUCUUUUAAACUCUCAAAGGCUUCCAAAGAAGAGCAUCAAAUCCAAGAGAGCCCCUAAAGCACCGGAUCCAAAACCAGAAGAUCUGAAUGCGAUUGAAGCGUACGAAGAGCCUAUCAGGUCAGAAAUGAACAGCAUCAGCAACAAUCAAAUCAGUAGGACACAGUCGCAAAGUACCAGCGAUUCAGGCAGGGAGGAAGUGAAAGAAUUUAAACCAAAAACAUUUACUGAUAAAUUAAACACGUACAUGACCAGGGAACAAAAACAAUUAGCUGCAGAGAUAAAACAGGUGAUGAACGAUGGAGGUACAAAAUGCCUAAAGAAAGUGGUAAGAAAAAACGAAGACACACUAAGGAAAGCUGACAAUUCUGGGGAUAUCUUGACUAAAGUGACCAUUCCGAGAUCUGGGAGCUUUCUGAAUGCUGGAGGCUUAACUCGAUAUAAAAAUAAAGGUUGCAGAAGCAACGACCAAGGUAGCGGUGGAUCACCGCUCGGUUUUAAAGAAAUCUUCAACGAACUGUCUCUCCAAGAAGGCCUCCAUUCUCUUGACGACAUCCUAAGCGUCAUCAUCGAUCCGGAAGGAAUGUCCUUUAAUGAUCUCAAACCCAUUUACAAAGAAUUCCUGUUGAAAUUAUCGGUAACGCUCACGAAAGAUGAGCUUUAUCAAAGAUCAAAGAGCAUAAUGAGGCGACAAAAGAAGAAACUGCUGAGAAAGAUGCCGCAGCAAAAGCGCAGGAUAAAAGUUGGCGGGAAAUUUCGACGAUUGAAGCAUAUAUUCCAGAGGAAUUUGAAGAUGAAGCUUGUUAAAAGAUCAAAACAACUACCGGUACAAGAACCCACAAAAACACCUCCCCAGACCGAUUCUAAACUUCCAGAAUCUUCAAUAUCAACAUCGUCAUACGAUACUAGGCAAUUCAGACCCAAAGAAGGAUCAACUUCGAACAAGAAGCAGAGCUACAGGAAAAAAUCCAGAAGAGAUAGAGCCAGUACAAGUGAAGAAAGCGACUUUUUUUCCUUGAAAAAAAGCAGAGCGAAAGCACAAGGGUUCAGCUUGCUUCACAACCAGAACAGAAAUUCUUCUUCUGGAUACGUUUCUUGCUCUGAAUGCUCGUACGAUUCGGACACCUGUACCUGCGUAUCAGCUGAUAAGUGUUACUGUUCGUUGGGUCAAAAGAACUUAUCCAGAAGACAAAGAUGUCAUAGUUUAUCCUGCCAACGAGACAACACUUGCGUUUGUAACCAAGAUACCCCCACCUCCGUAGUCUACUGUGAAUGCGAUACAGACUCCUGUGCAGAAAGCAACAAGUGUUACUGUCCAACAGGAGGUUUUAGCAACUCGGUAAUGGAGAAGCUGGAGCAGAAGGGUUUCCGCUUUGAAUCCGAUCACCACAGACACAAGAAGCUUUGCAAAAAGAACUCCAAUACUAAAAGUACGAAAAGUUUGGAGUAUAUUUUGAAUCCGCCUGAAACAUACUAUGAAAAGUUAAAGAGUAAACAUAAGUUCGGCACUCAGAGUUCCAUGCCUAUUUUGGGCAGAGGAUUCGGUGGUAAUGAUUAUGAAAAGUUUUCUUUGUUGAAUGGUAGUUUGCAGAAUUUGAACAGUAGGAUGUUGUACGGCAACGAAAUUGGAUCGUGCCAGCCUGUUACUGUUAAGAGCUAUGGAUCUACGAAUAGUCAAAGAUCAGGAGGAAGAACUACAGCCAUCUCAUCGGGAGUCUGCUCCGAAGCGUUAGCUGUCAAAAAGUCAGCGGAAAUAGCAGCCCUUUUCACCGACAUGAAACUCAGUCAAACGACCGACAUAGCCCAUCUCAACCCCAACAAUUUCGAUAUAGUUUCUUCUAAAAACAACUACAACAAACAUUACUCUAAUCCGAAAUACUCGAAAUCUCAAAAAUGCGCUCAAAAUAAAUCCUACACUCAUUACACGCAAUUGCAGAAAAACAACAGCGCGCUAUAUUCCAUGAAACUUCCGAUAAAUACCGUCAAAAGUGGUAUGAACUCAAUCAGAAGUGGGAUAAACUCUGCCAGAAACGCCAACAAUCAUCACGGCAGUAAAAACGGGAAAACCAACAUGUACAGUGCUAAAAAUGGUUUAUACACCAUCCAAAGUCAGUCUGAUGAGUCAAGAAGGUCGAGCUCGUGUGAAGGGGGAAGGCUGGAGUCACGAGAAUACUUCGAAUUAAAGCAGGAAGUUAAAAAGAGUAUGAGGAACGUUAGCAGUAAUAUUGAGAAUUCCUUAGGAUAUUUACCGUGACAGUUUUAGAAAGAAAAAACAAAAAAUAGCAAGUCGGAAUGUUUAAAAUUGCCACUCUUAUACUUUUGAUUAUUUAUUUUCACUGUGUCCUCUUUCCCAGAGAUUCAGUAUAAUUAUUUUUAUUAAAUAAAUAAAAAAAUUAAAAGAAUAGAUGAAUUGAGAAAAUGUUUCAUUGACUUGACACAACGAUUUAAAGCAGCAGUUCAUUUGAAUGUUAAUAAUAUUUAACUUUGCAUAUUUACUUUCGGCAUCCGAAAAUCUAAAAUCAAAACGAAAUUCAUCAAAAUGUGAUUUUUACCUCUGGUGUUUGUUCUCUUACUGGAAAAUUGUCGGAUUAUACCACAUUUUCUUGAAAUUUUUACGGCUUCGUCUUUAAUUUCUGAAUAUUUAUUUCUAGUUUCGUUUAAGGUCGCUUCCUUUUUUUGCAUUGCUUUUGAUACGGUAUUACUCUUUUAUUCAAGAAAAAUUAACAAAAACAUAAUAUCAAAUCUCUCAAUAUUUUUUAUGAUUUUUGUUUCAUCCCUUUAGUCCAAUCAUAUUAGGAGUUUCCCCUCGGAAUGAGAGAUAAUAAGCUGGAAACUCGGAAACGCGUUUUUAAAGUUGUCUCAAGAGUCUCAUAAAAUCUCAUGUCUGCGUCGUAAGUUAUUAAAGAUUAAAGAUCAAAAAAUGGUUGUUUUGCAAUUAUCUAGGUUUCUAAAGCUCCAGUGAUGUUAAAAUAAUUGUAUUAUAUUUGAGACACAUUUUGUUCCAAACAUUUUUUCAGGCGCUCAAUCGUUUUUGAGAUAGAGGAUGGAGAGCUGUAUAUUUCUUAAAAUUUAAAUUAAAGUGAAGUGAAAAUUUACAAUUCUUUAAUCUUUAAAGAACAACAUUAAUUUUCUUCUUCUUUUUCGUAAGUCAUCAUCGUCGUCGUCUACUCAUCUUCAUUGUCCUGAAUCGUUGUUUCCGGUCCUUCUAGAAUUACCGGGUCAAAUGCACUCUCUUCCUUGGGGUCGCUUUGCAAUAAAACAGCAUUGAGGCAAGCUUGUCUAAUACACUAACCAUAAGCUAAAGUGCAUUGCAACUCUAUGUCUUCUACUAUGAUGACGGUAGUCCACUCAUGUAUGCAUUCUUCGAUAGUUGUUUCUAUGAAAUUCACAGUUGACCCUUGCAUUACAAUAUGUAUGGGUGCCCUCUGUCUCAAAAACGAUUCGACGCUUGAAAAAAUGUUUGCGAAAAAAAUUUGUCGCAAAUUUUAUGC